AUGGUAUCGGUUGGAAAGUUGAUGGUUAUGUGCCACGGUCUGGUAUUAGCGGCGGCUGCGCUGGCGCUGUGGGCGGGCGGCGCGGCCGGCGCGGCUGCGCGGUACGACACCGCCACGCCGUACGCGCCGGUUUACAACAAGUAUAAAUACAUACCUUUACAUUCUGAGCGAUACGACCCUGACGACCCGUCGCCUCCUUUGCCGCCAGCAGAACAAGAGUCUUCCUACACAGGCAUGGCGCCUUCCGAGCUGAUCCUCACAGGCCUAAGGACUAUCCUCGACGUUGUGCGCAACGUCAACCGACAACGCGCUCAGAAACACGCAUUGACCACCAGAACUAACACCACUGCUUUAGCGGUACGGCGUACCAGACCGAGGAACGGCACGGCGGGCACCGGGCGAGGGUUCGAAGACUACUACGACGAGCACCACGACCACCACGAGACGACCACCACGGCCAAGCCCAUGAAGCAGGGCCGCUACACCGACCCCUGGGCCGGCUACUACGACUGGAUCAUCAACGAAGGCUCUUUCAAGUUCUGGAGCGUAUUCCAGCUGUUCACGGCCGCACUCCUCCUCUACGCGUGUCUCUCAGCCAUCUACUACGCGAAAUUCAACCCUAUUCUCCCGGACUACAGCAUGGAGUACGACGACUACUUUCUGCAGCGCACAGUGGGACGCAACGCAAGAAGCUUGGAUAAAAGCGAGCUCCCUUCAGGCAUCAGCUGGAUGAGUCCGCAGACAUUCCAGUUCAUAUUAGACGCUAUAUCUCAACAUUACGCAGAGGAAUAG